UAUUUUUAGAAUAAAAAUGCAAGAAAAUUCCCAGUGUAUUUUUAAUUGAAUGUCAAGGAACUUUUCAAAUUGAUACUGGAUUUGUAUUGACAUAUGGACUUCGAAGGAAUAAGAUCCGGUGAAUCUCUCUCUUGUUUUAUCGAUCGUGUGGUAAAUCCGAAUACUAACUAUCUUAAACAAUGUGGAAAGACUAUUGAUGAAGUAGCAGAGGCCUUGAGGUCUAGUCAGUUUCAGUAUAGCGUGAUGCGUACCAUAAAGGGAGGAUCUAUAGGGAAAGGAACUGCAGUUCGUGGACUAUCAGAUGUAGAUCUUAUAUUUCCAAUAUACGACAUCACCACUGUAGAAACUCUUAAGCAAAAAAUGGACGGUAUUAAAAACGCAAUUGACAGUCUUCUUCGUUCCCGAUUCACGGUUAAAGACUCAAAAAUAACGACAUGGGCUUAUAACACUAAUAUUUUAAUUGAUGGGUCAUGGCAAGAGGUUGACAUUAUGCCCAUUCUCAAUAUAACAAAUGAUCCCAGCAACUUAACUGAUGAGGAAAUAAAGACGAUACACACAAAAAUGAGGAAAGAAGCUGGUAGUACGGAAAGAGGAUAUUACAACAGAUGUUUGAGACCACUUCAAACAGAAUUUAUUGGAAAGCAUCCAGAAAAGAUAAAAAGAGUCAUUAGGUUGAUCAAGUACUGGAUUAAAACGAAUAAUCACACAAUAAUAAAGUCGAUUGCAGUCGAACUGCUUGUUAUUGGAGCAUGGGAGGAUCUCGGGAAGCCACAUCCAGGUGUAGCUGAAGAAGACAUAGCAAAGUUGGUCUUCGACAAAUUAAGAAACUUCGGAGAUAUAAAAUUGUCAUGGACAAAUUAUUAUAAACCAACAGAUUAUUCAAUACCAUCAACACCAUAUAUACUGGACCCAGUAGACCCUUAUAAUAACGUGAUAAGCCAGAUAACCAGACAUUAUUGUCGAGGUCUACAUGUUCCAUCAGCUGACAGAGAAGUCAUGCAGCAAGUUUAUCAGCUUCAACGUGAUGCAGAACGGGCUUUCAGAGGUUUUAAAUAAGGAUGGUGUGCCAUUUAUACAACUGUUAAUUUUAACAUUAUACUGAUUAUGAUUUCCAAUAACCUGCUAAUUUACCAGCAUAUAUGAUCGACAAUAAAAAGUUCAAAUAUA